CAUCACUAAGCAUCGAUAGACAUCAUUAUACAUCACCAGGCAUCACUGGACAUCACUAGACAUAAUUAUGCAUCACUAGACCUCACCAAACAUCACUAGACGUCACUGGACAUCACUAGACAUAACUAAGCAUUACUAGACAUUAGUGAACAUCACUCGGAAUCACUGAACAUCACUAGACAUCACAAGGCAUUAUAAUCCAUCACUAGACAUCACUAAACAGAACAAGACAUCAGUAGGCAUCACUAGACAGUCACUGAACAUAAUUAAACAUUUAUGUUAGUAUCCUAAUACUUCAUGAAGAAUAAUUCAAAAGAAAUACAUCAUCAAACGAUUUUUCUACUGAUUUACUCAUUAAAUUUCAACAUGACACAUGCCAAGGAAAUUACGCACGCGCACAUUAGGCAAAAAACCAUGUGACUCAAUUUGGCUUCAGUUUCAUAUCUGUGUAUAUGAUUAUGAGCACAUGUCUCUGAGCUUUGCUAAAAAUAAAAUACUUGUUUCUUGUUGAUGUCAAUGCCAAAUGGAGCCUGUUGAUGAAGUCGAAGCGGCUUGUGAAGAGGUAGAUCCCAAUAAGCUUAUAUCUAAGAACGGUGUUCUUGGAUAUGAACGUACAAAUGGGUUUGAAGAGAUAACAAAUUUCGACGUAAAAGUCGAUGGGUAUGUUGGGGAUGGAGAAGGGAGUGUUAUAGGGUACAUCAUCCGUAUAAUUUUAGCAGUGAGGGAUCCAUUUAUAUCGGCAGAUAAUGACAGAUCGUCAAGGCAAUUUUUUUUAACCAACCGGCAGCUUGGUAACAACACAACGAUAGUAAACUGCCUCACUGCAAAAUUCCCACCGCUGUGGAUUGCCCAGUCAAAGGACAUGUUUCUGCCGCAGUUUGUAUACAGUCUAUGCAAGGAGUACAUGAAAACUCCAAGUGAGGAAAUAAAAAGUUUCAAACCUGUAGAGAUUGUUGGAAAACAAAAAACUGAUGAUGUAUGGGUUUUUAAUCCACAUGUGCAUGUCGACAAGAAUGGAAGGCUUAUCCCGCAAGACGAAAGAGCAUAUGUUUCGAUGGAAGCAAGUAGCUUGCCAUAUUUACGAAAUAUUAGCAGUGAUUUAGAUGAUGGAGCAGCAUUUAAACGACUUUUGGUCACGGAGAAGGCGUUGUUUCAAAACAACUAUCCCCAAGUUGUGUUGGCCCAUGCUGGCAGUAGCAUGGCGUGUAAUUAUGAUCUUAUAUUAAAAAAAUUUGAUGGAUGUGCCAUUCCAGUGCUCAUGGGACCAUCAGUAUCGGGAAAGACUACCGCCUUGAAAGCUGUAAUGAGUAUAUUUGGCAUACGAAAAUUUACGUGUG